AUUUAUAAUGUGCUUAAAAAAAUUACUGCGUAUGAUAGUGCCUAUGUAGUAGUGUACUCACCUUAUUCUCUCCUUCAUUAUAUUUAGGAGGGUGGAAGAGGGAGAAAAAACAUCACCACCAUGGCCAUGCCGAAUGGCGAUGAAGAAUAUCAGAGCUCAGGGAAAAGGCAGAAAUGCUCCAGAGAUGAUGAAGAAGAGGAGGAAGGUGAUGAAGGCGAAGAGAGCGAGCUUCCGUUGAAGCCCGGACUCAUGUACUACCCAACUACUCCUUGUUCUUUCGUUGUAUCCGAUGCUCUUGAGCCCGAUUUCCCAAUAAUUUACGUCAACAAGGUCUUCGAGAUCUUUACGGGAUAUCGCGCGGACGAGGUCCUCGGUAGGAACUGUCGGUUCUUGCAGUAUAGGGACCCACAUGCUCAAAGAAGGCACCCUCUGGUGGAUCCCUUUGUUGUUUCUGAGAUCAAAAGAUGUCUUGAAGAAGGUAUUGAAUUCCAAGGUGAACUUCUUAACUUUAGGAAGGAUGGCACUCCAUUGGUGAACAGGCUCCGACUUUCACCUAUUCAUGAUGAUGAUGGAACUGUGACACACAUAAUUGGUAUUCAAGUUUUUUCUGAAGCAAAAAUAGAUCUGAACAGUGUAUCCUAUCCUGUUUUCAAAGAGACUUGUAAUCAGCAGUAUGAUCAGUCAACUAAAUACCCUCAUUUGAGUGGACAACUACCAUUCAGUCAUGAUCAAGAAAUAUGUGGGAUACUUCAACUCUCUGAUGAAGUCCUGGCUCACAACAUUUUAUCACGUUUGACACCAAGAGAUGUUGCAUCCAUUGGAUCUGUCUGUAGAAGGAUUCGCCAACUAACAAAGAAUGAGCAUGUGAGAAAGAUGGUAUGUCAAAAUGCAUGGGGUACAGAAGUAACUGGUACAUUGGAAAUGAUGACCAAGAAGUUAGGAUGGGGCCGUCUUGCAAGGGAGCUGACCACUCUAGAGGCAGUUUGUUGGAGGAAACUGACUGUCGGCGGAGCAAUAGAACCAUCACGUUGCAAUUUUAGUGCUUGUGCAGCAGGGAACCGACUCGUCCUCUUUGGAGGUGAAGGAGUCAACAUGCAGCCAAUGGAUGACACAUUUGUUCUGAAUCUUGAUUCUGCAAAUCCAGAGUGGCAGCGUGUUAGUGUAGAAUCUUCCCCUCCAGGGCGCUGGGGUCACACUCUCUCCUGCCUAAAUGGUUCCUGGUUGGUAGUAUUUGGAGGCUGUGGAAGACAAGGACUGCUCAAUGAUGCCUUUGUACUUGACUUGGAUGCUAAACAACCAACAUGGAAAGAAGUUACCGGUGGAACUCCACCCCUUCCAAGAUCUUGGCAUAGCUCUUGCACUAUUGAAGGUUCUAAGUUGGUUGUCUCAGGUGGAUGCACAGAUGCUGGGGUGCUUCUCAGUGACACAUAUUUAUUGGAUCUUACAACAGACAAGCCAACAUGGAGAGAGAUUCCAACUUCAUGGGCUCCUCCGUCUAGAUUGGGACAUUCACUGUCAGUUUAUGGUCGUACUAAAAUUCUUAUGUUUGGGGGCCUUGCCAAGAGCGGUAACCUUCAAUUGCGGUCAGGUGAAGCCUAUACCAUUGAUUUGGAGGAUGGAAACCCACAAUGGCGGCAACUGGAGUGCAGUGCAUUCACUAGUAUUGGCAGCCAAAGUGCGUUGGUACCUCCUCCUAGACUUGAUCAUGUUGCUGUCAGCAUGCCCUGUGGAAGGAUAAUUAUCUUUGGCGGUUCCAUUGCUGGGUUGCAUUCUCCUUCUCAGUUGUUCCUUUUGGAUCCUUCCGAGGAAAAACCAACAUGGAGGAUUCUCAAUGUUCCUGGGCAACCACCAAAAUUUGCUUGGGGUCAUAGCACCUGUGUGGUAGGAGGAACUCGGGUCCUGGUAUUGGGCGGACAUACUGGGGAAGAGUGGAUACUUAAUGAAUUGCACGAGUUAUGCCUAGCAAGCAGACAAGACUCGGACCCAUGACUUAAGUUGGAGUUGCCUGCAUUCAGGACAGAACUACUCAUGUCUAAAAUUUUCCCAACGAUCUCUACUCCCUAUCCAAGGUUUUUCCUUCUGCAUUAUUUAUUUCCUAUGUUUUGAUGUGCUACUCCUGCUGCAUUGUCUUUUUAUCAAGCUGUAUUCCUGUACAUAUACUCCUGUCUGUUCUGAUUGUUGUGCUGCUUGAAUAUAAAUUGACUGUUUAUCGGCUGUGUGUAAUCUUAAACAAUGUAGAAAAGAGACAUCUUGUGGACAAACUU